CCUGACGGUAAUCAUGGCCGCCGUCGCGCUUUAUCUGUGCCCGUUAUCGAGGAUCGUUGCCAGUUGAACGAAUAUUUAUUAUCUUGCCGUUAUUUCUCGAUCAUUUCGCAACGAAAGUUAAAUCGUUGGCUCAAUCGAUUCCCUAUUGUUUACAUGAAGAUACGACGAAACCGGCAUGACGACCGCGUUGUAUCUGGAGCACUAUCUCGACAGAAUCUCAUUUAAUAAAUAUAUCGACUUAAGUUCGAUAUAUUUUGCCGAUUGUGCGGCGUGUUCCAGGCCUCGAGCAUCUGCCAAUCGAAUUACAGAGGAAUUUCACGCUGAUGCGCGACCUGGACGCGAGGGCGCAGGGUCUGAUGAAGGACAUCGAUAAGCUGGCGGACGAUUACUUGAGGAACUUGAAGAAGGAAUCGCCGGACAAGAAGAAGGAGCAAUUCACUCACAUACAAAGUCUGUUUAACAAGGCCAAGGAAUACGGCGACGACAAGGUCCAGCUGGCUAUUCAGACUUACGAACUGGUCGACAAGCACAUCAGACGACUGGACUCGGACCUGGCGAGAUUCGAGGCCGAGAUACAGGACAAGACGUUGAACAGCAAUAGAGCGCAGGAGGAGAGCAAUGCCAGUAAGAAGGGUAGGAAGAAGCUCAAGGAGAAGGAGAAGAGGAAGAAGGGUACUGUAUUGAGCAGUGAGGAUGAGGCUAAGAAUGCGAGAAAGAAGCAGAAGAAAGGUGGUUCUGUAGCUUCAGCGUCGUCUACCGGCGCUGUGGGAAGCGGCGCCCAGGUAGAUGCAACAGCGCUCGGUCACCCAGCCGACGUUUUGGACAUGCCUGUCGAUCCUAACGAACCGACUUAUUGUCUUUGUCAUCAAGUAUCAUACGGAGAAAUGAUUGGUUGUGAUAAUCCAGAUUGCCCUAUAGAGUGGUUCCACUUUGCCUGCGUGGGUUUAACAACAAAACCUAAAGGAAAGUGGUAUUGUCCCAAAUGUACGCAAGAUCGCAAAAAGAAGUAAACUCUAGGACUGUUUGAAUCUGCUGAUCGUCAUCCGUUUGAAGAAGAGACUAGUGCACAACUUUUUCAUGUUGAAAGUAAACUGACUUUUUGUAUAAAAGAAUGAUAGAAAAUUUAGGAGAAAUGCAGAGAGAGAGAGAGAGAGAGAGAGAGAAUAGAACUGCAUUUCCAUUGCAUCUAAUACUGAUAACGAAAUAAUUCUUUCAUUUUUUACAAUGAGUAAUAAUAAAUAUACAAAUAAGGAUCUUGUUCGCGCUAACGUCUGUAAAUAACGUUCGUAAAUAAUUUCUUUAUAAACGAUGUUUGUUAUAAAAAAAAUAUAUAGAGACUAAA